AUGGCAAAGGCAAGGGUCGCGCCCUUGAAGUCCCCAACCAUACCGAGAAUGGAACUGACUGCAGCCACAAUUGCAACCAAGAUGGACAGGCUUCUGAGGAAAGAGCUUGAACUGGAACUUCACAAUUUGAGCAGUGACAGCACAAGAUUCAAGACUUUCGUUGCUAAUAGAAUCUCAGCAAUUCUGGAGCACUCUCAGACUUCACAGUGGAGAUAUGUCCAUAGCACUCUGAAUCCUGCUGAUCACGUCUCAAGAGGACAGACUGUUGAGGCAUUCUUGAAAUAUGAAAGUUGGCUUUCAGGACCAGGUUUCUUGCUUUGCGCACAAGACCAGUGGCCCAAGAAUCCAGAUCCCGGAAUGCUGGACAUCGACGAUCCGGAGGUCAAAAGAGUAACUCAAGUGCAUUUCAUUCAGGCGCAAGAGCCCAAAAAUGCAACGGACAAGUUGAUGACCCACUACUCAUCUUGGACAAAGCUAAAACGUGCAGUUGCCUGGUUUCUGAAAUUGAAGGACUUGCUUAAGGAACUGAAAGCAAAGAGAAAGGAACGAAACACAUUGAAUGAAGAAAGCGGAAUGAGUCAGUUCAAGAAAACUUUCAAAGGAACACACCUAACCUGUGAGGAUUUGACCAAAGCAGAAACAGAAAUUGUGAAGUACUGUCAAAAGCAAAGAUUCAUAAAGGACUUGGUAAUGCUAAAGGAACAUCAGAGAGUUAAGAAAAGUAGUUCACUCUACAAACUGAAUCCAGUACUCCAAGAUGGAGUCAUGAGAGUUGGAGGAAGGUUGAGCCGAACAGCUAUGCCAGAUGAUUCCAAGCAACAGGCCAUCUUGCCUAGAGUUUCGCACAUCACAAGGCUUGUUCUGGGUCACAUUCAUGACGUCACACCUCAAGCCGGAAGGAAUCACAUGUUGGCUCAAGUGCGUCAAAGAUUCUGGAUCCCUGGAGCAAAUGGAGCCACUAGAAGAUUCUUGUCCAAGUGCGUCACCUGUAAAAAAUUACAAUGA